AAGAAAGCCCAAUUACAAACCUGGUACACUGGGUUGGGUGAAUAGUGUAUGUUUGAAGAGACGGAGGUAAGAUAAAAAAAAAUGGAGGAUUUGAAGAAGAGAAAGCUAGAGGAAACGGGAAAUGGUGAAUUAAUUUCCAAGGAAGAUAUUCGGCUUCUCAUCGAACCUCUUGCUAAACCUCAGCUCGUUGAUCUUCUCGCUAAACUAGGGUCCCAAUAUCCUUCAAUUGCAGAAGAAAUAAAAAGUAUUGCGAGUGCUGAUCCUGCCAAUCGAAAGCUUUUUGUUCGUGGUUUGGCGUGGAAUAUCACUUCAGAAACUUUGCGAGCUGCAUUUCAAGAGCAUGGAGAAAUUGAAGAAGGAGCUGUGAUUUAUGAUAAAGUUACAGGAAAAUCUCGUGGCUAUGGAUUUAUCACUUACAAACAUAUGGAAUCAGCUCAGAAUGCAUUGAGUGCACCUAGCAAGUUAAUUGAAGGAAGAUUGGCUGUAUGUAAUCUAGCUUGUGAGGGCCUAAGCGGAACAAGUAGUAGUGCUCCUGAUCUUACCCUGAGAAAGCUUUAUAUUGGAAGCUUAUCACCAGAAGUCACAAGUGAACUGCUUCUCAGCUAUUUUGGGAAGCAUGGUAGUAUAGAGGAAGGUUCAGUUGCAUAUGACAAGGAUUCAAAUGAAUCACGUGGAUUUGGCUUUGUUACGUAUAAGACAGCAGAGGCUGCAAAGAAGGCCAUAGAUGACCCAGAGAAGACUCUUGGGGGGAGAUUAAUAACAGUAAAAUAUGCUGAUUCCCACAAGGGUAAAUCUGGUCAAAUGCCUUUUCCUGCAGGAGUAGUUCCAAUGGCAGCCUUACCAAUAACCCCAGGAUACAUGCAACCUGGAAAAAUUCGUGUAAACUCUGGCACCGCAGUCGGUUAUACGUACCCCCAAACUGCUGCACCGUAUGCUGCAGCUCCUUAUCCAAGUCUACUCACUGCACCUUCUUCUUAUACAACACAAGGGCAGAGUCCUUAUAAUCCGGUUUCUGUGAAAAAAGACCAACGUGGGCUCCUGCAAACUCAAUCUUUGGGAACAAACAGCUACCCUUAUUACUAUCCCAAGCAAUGAAUAUAUUUUACUGGACAUUGUGAUAUUGGUAAUUCUAUAUUUGCUGUCAUAUUCAAUUCUUAAUAGGCCCUAGUUCCUGUCAUAUCAUCAUUGGUUAUUUGUGGAUAUGCUCUGCUCCAAUUUUUUCAGUGCUAUCCCUUCUGUAGAGUUUUGUCAUUCUUAUUACUUGUACUUCUAGGUCAGAAUCUCCUGUGACUAGAAUAUUUUAAUAGAUUUUUUCUGAAUAUACUUUAGAUGGGACAAUAAUUUGUAACUGGGAAUCUUAAGUGUCAAGUCAUUUACCUUAAGUUUCGUGACUAUUUGUUCACAGUUUGUUCAA